GCGCCUCACGUCCCACACGAGCAGUUUCCAUAGGCUGGACGUGCAGCGUUACAUAUCCAGAAAGGCUGCGCACAUCCACGACGUGCCGACGUGACGCCGCUGACAAGACUGACGACGCCACGCACGAGCGAGCGGAGCACAGUCCUCAUCCGGCUUAUUUUAUUUAUUUAUUUUUUAUUAGUUGUUGUUGUUUUGUUUUUUUUCAAGUGAAAGAACCUUGUUAAGACUAAAGUAAGAAAACUUUAGUGAAGUGUGUGUUUCUCAAAGGGGAACAAACUCCUGAAGAUGAGCCUUUUCUGAAGGAAACCAGCGGGACCACCAGAGGAAGUUCUCCCAUCGCCACAAAAGAAGCUCCAACAAAAGGUUUCACACUUCAAGAGCCCCGAACACCGCAGCGGCCAUGGACUCUGGAAAGCAAAUAACCUUCCCGUUGUUGAUGAGUGUUGGAACGGCUGUGAUUGGCUCCCUGCAGUUUGGCUACAACACAGGUGUCAUCAAUGCCCCUCAGAAGGUUAUUGAGAAUUUCAUCAAUGAGACGUGGAAUCAACGUUACAAUGACCAAAUCACCCCAGGCUCCCUCACGGCCAUCUGGUCCAUCUCCGUCGCCAUCUUCUCUGUGGGAGGCAUCUUUGGCUCCUUCUCUGUUGGACUGUUUGUCAACCGCCUGGGAAGACGGAACUCAAUGCUGAUGGCGAACAUCUUGGCCUUUAUCGCAGCCGCUCUGAUGGGAUUUUCCAAAAUGGCUUCCUCCUGGGAAAUGCUGAUCAUCGGCCGGUUUGUGGUCGGGCUCUACUCUGGCCUCUCCACAGGAUUUGUGCCCAUGUACGUAGGUGAAGUGUCCCCAACCGCCCUGCGAGGAGCGCUGGGCACCCUGCACCAGCUGGGUAUUGUCGUCGGCAUCCUCAUUGCACAGGUGUUUGGCUUGACGAGCAUCAUGGGUAAUGAUGACUUGUGGCCACUCCUAUUGGGCUUCACCUUCAUCCCAGCUGUAAUCCAGUGCGCCCUACUGCCUCUGUGCCCUGAAAGCCCCCGAUUCCUGCUCAUCAACAAGAACGAAGAGAACAAGGCCAAGAGUGUGUUGAAGAAGCUCCGGGGCACCACCGAUGUGAGCUCUGACAUGCAGGAGAUGAAGGAGGAAAGCCGACAGAUGAUGAGGGAGAAGAAGGUGACCAUCUUGGAGCUCUUCCGCUCGCCUCUCUACCGUCAGCCCCUCAUCGUCGCCGUCAUCCUGCAGCUCUCCCAGCAGCUGUCUGGAAUCAACGCGGUGUUUUACUACUCGACUCGAAUAUUUGAAAAAGCUGGAGUUGCCCAACCCGUCUACGCCACCAUCGGGGCCGGAGCAGUCAACACAGCUUUCACCGUUGUGUCGCUGUUUGUGGUAGAGCGUGCUGGACGCAGAUCUUUGCACCUGCUGGGCCUGUUGGGAAUGGCCGGAGCUGCUGUUCUGAUGACUAUUGCCUUAGCUCUGCUGGAACAAUACAAAUGGAUGUCGUAUUUGAGCAUCGUUGCCAUUUUCGCCUUUGUGGCCUUCUUUGAGAUCGGGCCGGGUCCCAUCCCCUGGUUCAUCGUGGCUGAGCUGUUCUCACAGGGCCCCAGGCCCUCAGCCAUCGCUGUGGCUGGGUUCUCCAACUGGACGGCCAACUUCAUCGUAGGAAUGGGCUUCCAGUAUGUGGAGGAGCUGUGCGGCCCCUAUGUGUUUGUCAUCUUCACUGUGCUGCUGCUCAUGUUCUUCAUCUUCACUUACUUCAAAGUGCCAGAGACCAAGGGCCGGACAUUUGACGAGAUCGCGGCUGGCUUUCGCCAGACGGCUGCUCCGGGGGGAGAGAAGCACUCGCCGGAGGAGCUGAACAGCCUGGGAGCUGACUCUCAACUCUGAGCCGCAACCGUCUCCAAACUCUCCGAUAAACUCUUUGUCAGACCGCCGGGGCGAGCGAGAAGGGUCUGCCGACUAGAAGUAGACAGAUCCACUGGUAGAAUAAUGUUCACUCUGUCACCACAUUUCGGGCGUCAUCACCAAACGCAAACCAGACCCGUGUGACUCUCCGACAUGACGCCCUCGACUGCUCCUCUCAUGUCACACAAAGAAAGGAGAACCUGAUGGGCACCGUGUCGCCUGGUGGAUGUGGAGAGGGGAGUUGAGGAUAGAUGGGAAGAAGUUUUGAAUUUUUUUUUAAAGAUAUCUUUUUAGGAAGGAAAAAUGUGUGUCUGCAUCACUCAAAACCAGCCUUUUCUUUUUUAAAAUAUAACUUUUUUCACUGAAUAUGUCACCGUUAUGUGCUUUCACUCUGUUACAGCACAGUGAGUUUAUUUUUAUCUGGUGAAGGAGUGCUGUAACUGCACAAAAAAAAGUUCACUGUGCAAAAAUGUUUUUUUUCUCCUGUUGAUUAUACUGUAAUGCUGUAUUACUGUAGACUUAGCACUGUAGAUGCUGCACAGCUCAACUCUUUCUGUCCACCAGAUGGGGCACUACAAUUAAAAAAAGGUCUCAGUGCUCCACUGAUGUACAUCUACCUUUUAUCAGAAAGUUACUGAGUACACAAACUGUGAUAAAUUGUUUUAGUAUCCUUAAUAAACUGUAUUAGAUUAGUGGUAGAUUGCCUUAAAUUAUAUAAAUAUAUAUAUUUGUUACUUAUUUUACUAUUUUAUUUGGGUUUUUUUUUUCCUUAGGGAAGCAUUUUGUGCUUAAAAUGUAAUUUUCCCUCAUAUUUUUAGAAAACAAAACCACAUCCAAUUGAAAUAAUGACAAAUACUUCUCCAUUUGUGUAAUUUCACUGUAUUCCCUUCAGGUAAAAUGAGGAACUGUAUCUGGACUAAAAUGCUGAACUCGCAAGUGCAGUUGAAUGAAUGAAUAAAUGAUUUAUUUAACCAUGAGAUGAGAUUAGCAUCCACUCACAGCCCAUCGCCACAAAUCCAAAAAAAAAAAAAACAGCCCGUCUCACAGAAAUGGUGAAAACCUGAACUCUUGUGAGUUCAAGUGCCCACAUGAAAGAAUCAGUCCUCCUCAGCUGCUGGGCUUCUGGUCAGAGCGUUCUGAUCUGCACUGAAAGCUUCUGUCUGUGGAGGAUCCUCACUUUAAACCUGGUGAGAUUACCUGCAGAGCUUCCAGAUUCCAGCCUGAUAACCUGUUCCUCCGUGACAAAUACGGAGCAUCUUCAGAAGAAUGAAAGAAAAGGAAAAGAGAAAAGAAAAAAAAAAAAAACCACGAGGACCAAAAUGAAUGUCAGUCUAUUUUUUUUCAUUAUCCUGAAAGCGCUCUUCACCGUUGGCGGGUCAAACGCUCAGUAGUCCUUGCACUUCAUAUUGUCUGUCAUGUGUCCCAGGAGACGGAAUCCUGUUGCAGAGCUGGAGGGUAUUGUGCUGUAUAAUGUAGCUUUCUUUCUCUCGGUCUACUAUUCUCCUCUCGAGCUCACUUUGCCUUGCUGCAAACGCUGCUGUCGAUCACUGCUGUAUCACUUGUUGAGUCUGUCCUCUCUCUACAUGCCUUGUUUGAGGAAAGUUAUCUUUUUAGUCGCACUUUAUUGUUCACAGUGAUAUAUCUCUGAAAAACACACUAAGGUGUUUUGUUCGUUUGUUGUUUUUUUUUUUUUCUGUACACAGUGUGGGAUCUUUAUAACUAAAGAGAGACUGAAGUACUGCUGAUGGGUUACUUGAUGCGUUGAAAUGGAAAUGUGUGCAAAUUUAUCAACUGUUUUAAUCGAUCAGGGUCUUGUGUGCACGCACGAAUCAGUUGUGGAUCAUUUUGGAUAGCAUUCGUGGUGGGGAUGAGCUCCGGCUCCAAACCCGUCAUUGAAAACCUUUUUACCAUUCCAGGAUUGGUUGUCGGUUUUGUGUGUCAUGGAUCUUUACAGUGCAGAACUUAUUUGAUGGGCAGUCGUGUCCAUUUCAGAAAGGCACUGGAGCAUCAACUCUUUUUAUAAUGUUUGUAGUUUCACAUGUCUUCACCAGCAAAAAGAAAGAAAAAAAAAACAUUAAUUGGCACCAAAACAUGCACCUUU